CAUGCGUAGUGCUUUUCUGGGAGACACGCCUCUUCCGGGAAAGCGGUGCCCUUGUUUCCUCACGUCCGCAGCUGCUCAAAGAGAGGACACGAUGGCGGCGUUCGGUAGACUGUCUGGUAUCUUUGGCCGCUCUGUGGCUAGCCGCGGGCGGUUGUAUUCUGCAGCUGCACACGCAGAGCACGGAGAUGCAGCCCGUACAUGGAAGAUCCUCACCUAUGUCGUAGCGCUGCCAAGUGUGGCCGUGUGUAUGCUGAACGUUUAUCUGAAGGCUCAGCAGCAUAGCGAUGAGCAUCCCGAAUUCGUGGCGUACGAUCACCUGAGGAUCCGGACCAAGAAAUUUCCCUGGGGAGAUGGAACAAAGAGUCUUUUCCACAACCCACAUCUAAAUGCUCUCCCAGAUGGCUAUGAAGACCACGGGAACGACCAUUAGCCUUUUGGAUAUGUUCUCUGGACCAUUGUGUUGAAUGGGCACACAUAAUAUGGAGGGAUCAGGCUGCUAAUGUAAAUGUCACCCUGUUCUUCUACGGUAACAGUAGAGGUCACUUUAAAUAAAGCUUAUGGCUUGCUC